GAGAAACUGUCAGUUUCGUAUAUAAAUGAAGUAGGCUGCGAACGUCUCCCUUUUAUAACCUCAAAAAUGCGCGAGAAGUAUAGUGUUCUGAUGGCAAAGUGAUCUAAUUUUAUCAUUUAAUUGGUGUUAAAGUGAACGGAUUACCAUUAUGCCUUCAAAAAAGAGAAAAUACAAUGCGAGGUUUCCAGCUGGGCGAAUCAAGAAGAUUAUGCAGACAGAUGAAGAUGUGGGGAAAGUCGCCCAGGCCGUCCCAAUCAUAAUUUCGCGCACCCUGGAGUUGUUCGUGGAGUCCCUACUCAGCAAGGCGAUGCAGGUGACGCUGACGAGGAACGCGAAGACCCUCAGCCCGUCCCACGUCAAGCAGUGUAUCCUGGCAGAGUCCAGGUUUGACUUCCUGAGGGAUUUGGUAAAAAACAUCCCAGACGUGUCCGCGGCGGAGGAGAAAGAAAUGAUGAGCGCUGAGAGUUCGCCAAAUUCGUCAAGAUGCUCAGAAGUGACCGCGCCGCCGCGCAGGAUAGCGCGCGAAGACUCGAAUAGUUCAAGCAGCUCUGACGUCAGAGUACAACCUCCGCCAAUCAUAGCGCCGCAUCUCAAGCGAGCGCUCUCCGCCGAGACCGAAAUACCCCACAAAACACCCAAAAUGGAGACAAUCACCUCACCCGUAGUCUCCCUCGACACAGCUAUAGAUCUGUCCAAAAAGUCCACGGAAGAGAAGCCGAUAAGAACGGCCAACUUCUACCAAGAGACGCUACCCGAGGAGAUACCACACAAAAGUGUCAUAACCGUCAACCCCACGUACGCCUCCCCACAGCCUUCGACGAGUUACACGAAUCUGACACCUAUAGAACCCGUACACAGAAUAGAAAUUCCAGUGCCAAAACCGUUUGAAGGGCGAUCCGUGACGCCCAGGACGCCGGUGACUCCGAUCCUAAAUAUAGACUUCACGAAGAAUCUGACCAAACCGGAGAUCAAAGUUCUGGAUACGACAGCGGCGAACAUCAUGGGCAUGCCUAAGAAUGACAAGUUAAAAGUUCAGAGGCAAAUUUCAAAGCACAAGGAAAUAAAGAAGGUCGAGUUGAAGCCGCUUGCGCCGCCGCUUCCGGUCGACAUAGAUCGUUUGAAUUCCGGUAAUCUACAAAUAGACGAGGACUAUGAUACCUGAAUAUGUUUUGUUUGUUUUUUCGUGUUUUAAGGAGUUUUUGAUGUCGCCGUGUUUGUUGUUUGAACGGUUUUUGUUUUUUAUUCUGUGUUGACAGGUGACGCUGUCAGUGUCAGUUUGACAGUGACGUGUGUUCGUUUAAACGACAGAUACGGCUUCGAAGUCACGUUGUUUACCAACUUAGGUAUAAACGGUAAGUUUAGGUCAGAGUAAUUUUUUUGUUUUUUUUUUUUUAUACGCUGAAUAACAAUGAUAUUCGUAGGUGUUUCAUAGUUGAAUAUAAGUUAAAUGGAUAAUGUGACUGUAUGUGUAUCAAAGUCUGUGUGUGUGAGGUAUUUUGUAUUAAGAAUGAGAUUUCUGUGUUUUUUUAAGGUGUGAUGAAUGACUUGGAUAUACGGCGGUGUUGCCAAUACAAAUAUUGUCUUAUUAUUCAGUAAGAUAUUUUCCUUUUUGGCAAAACCGAUAUUCAGAACUUUUUUUUUACAAAGUGCCGGUAAUAAAUGAUUAUAAUAGUAUAUGAAAUUUUACUUUAAAAUCCGUGUCGUAAGGCUUAAAUUACUACAUAAAGGUAAACCACGCGUUUCCGUCUACGAUUGGCUAAUAUUAAAAAGUUAUCGGCGUUGUUAAAUAUUAUUUUUAUUUUUGUAAAGUGAAUUUAGAGAUUAUUGAUGUGAAUUUGUAAAAUGUCUGACGUAUUUUGGCUUCAGCAAUAAGUUUACGUCUAAUCCAAUGAUUAUAAUUUAAGGUGACAACAUAAAGCUGUAUGUAACUAAAACAACUACAGUACUCGGCAGUAAGUAUUCCGCGAGUUAAUAGAAAAUGAGUCCAUAGUUAUCAAUAAAAUAUCAUUUAAAUGUGAUAUAGGCGACGCACAAAGUUGAAGCCGAUAUUUAUACGAACCAUGUAUUACCCACUAUCCCACUGCUGGGCACGGGCCUCUGCUACUGAGAGGUAUUAGGCCUUAGUCCACCACGCUGGCUUAGUACGGAUUAGUAGACUUCACAUACCCUCGAAAUUCAUAUAGAAAACUCAGGUAUGCAGGUUUCCUCACGAUUCUGUCCUUUACAGUUAAAGGAAGCGAUAAUUCACAAUAACUUUUUUAAAGUCAGAUGCCCAUGGGUUCUGAACCUGCGGACAUUCGUCUCGGCAGUCAUUCCACUCCCAACUAGGUUAUCGCUUCUUGAUAUAUUUAAGUGCGAUUAAUAUUUUCUGCCGUGUACUGUACGGAGAUUAUUCAGUUGGUAAUUAAUAUUAAGCUCAUUUAUGUAUUGUCCAAUUAUCGCAUUCAAGCUUUAAUAUGCCACUAUCGAUAUAUAGUCAACUGCAAAUGAUUGUAAUACAACUUGGUUUUUAUUCGUGCAUGCAUUCGUCAGCAUUGACGUAUAUUUUAUAGACACGUCAAUAUAAACUAUUUGUUCAAAAUCUGAAUUAAAAUGGCAACCAAAACGUCACUGUUAUAACCUAUUUAUUCACUUGAACAAAUAAUUUCACUUUUUUGACAUAUUUUUAUUCACAUUCAGGUUUACACUUAGACUCGAGUUCUUAUAUUAUAACCGCCACACCGUACAUAACCACACGCUGGCAAUUUUGAAAUCAUACUAAAGUCAGGUGUACGGAUUGCAGUACAGUUGAGUCGAACACAAUGAGUGUAGAGAAAGCUAAAUCUAGUACGUAGUCCAUAUAUAUCGAUGUUCGUAAGAGGUUGACGUACAUACCAGUGCCGAAUGGUCUAUAUAACUUGAAUCCGGAUACCCUUUUGUGAUUUAUAUAAAAACUGCAAACCGUAUUUAUGUAUAUUAGUAGUACUUAUAUAUUGUGCAGGCUAUUCUCCCUUAGAAAAUAUCUCAAUUCGCCACUGGUACAUACUACAUACAUAAUUACUCCCCUGUGUUAACGCCAUUAUGUGUACAAAACAAAAUGUAUUAAGCGCCUUUAUCAUGUUUAUGAUCAGCGACUCGUCAAAUAUUAACCGACAAAAUUUAAAAGUCCCACUGUUAGCUAUGACGUAUGAUAUAGGUACUAUCUUCAUUAGUCUAAUAUUUCUGUCGGAUAUCAUUUACUUGAUUAUUGUAAAAGGCCCUAAAAAUAUGUUGAGUAUAUAUAAAUGUUUAUAAACUCUGCAUUUUAUUGAAAUAAAACUAUAUUUCGGAUUUUAUCACGGUUUUUUCUAUUAUGAUUUUAGUCUCGCAUUUCACAAACUUUGCAGCCUUAAAAAAUUAUAAUAUAAAAAACUGAGAAAAAAUAGGAAAAUAGUUUUAUUUCAAUGUCCAACAUUCGUGUACACCUAAUAUAUCAUUAUCUACAUUUUAAUAUCAAAUUUGCAAUAAUUCAUAACACUGUAAAUUGAAAUCUAAAAAAUUUACUUCAUGAUCCCAUCCAAAAUUCCAGGCUGCGACCGCGCCUGCCUUGUGUAUGGUCGCUAUCCGGGCGGAUAUAAAAUACAUCCUACCACCAGCAAUAUAAACACAAUAGACAUUUAUAUAUGCGUUAGUGUGGACAUGAUCGUAAAUGAUUGUAAAUCAAAUUAGAAUAUAUAGGAAUAUGUGUAUAAUAUGUUCUAUAUCAGGAAUGGCGAACCAUUGGCACGCGAGUCAGUGGCGGCACGAGACAAAAUAAUUCGGGCACGCCUAUAAUAUCCCAAGUCCCAACAAAAAUGGACUGCCUCGAUAGCGUAGUUCUACUGCAUGCGCGGUACGGCAGCGCCUGAAGUCCUGGGUUCAAAUUCCGGGUCGGGCAAAGUGAUAUUUGGGUUUUACUGCUCAGUAUCAGCCUGGAGUCUGGGAUUUAUGCCCGAUAUGACGAUAGGCUCGCCCCCUACCACAUCAUGAGACGGAACACACUUGUCGAAAAAUAGGUGCCUUGUUUGCGCCUCUACAUACCGCUUCGGGGAUAAAUGUGUGUUGUUUGUGUUAAAAUUUUGUUCGGACAUAACAACAGAUCGCUAAUAAGGGGCAUUCGGACAGAUAAGGACAGCUUUGGAUGGCAAGUUACCGACAGAUUAUAUAUUUUUUAAUAAUGGCACGUUUAUAAAGGUUCGCCACCCCUGUUUAAUAUAGACAGGGGAGUGCGGUAGAAUACAAAAAACUGAGAAUGUUUUCUGGUGCUCCUAGCAUUGUAAAGGCACGUCAAAUAUAAUAAAAACUCAUUUGUGAAAAAAAAUGACGUCAUAAUGUUUGAACCAUUUUGUGAUGCAAGUUUAUACUUUAAGUUACAACAGUAAAACUCAUUUGUGAUAAACAUUGACGUCAUAAUGUUUGAACCAUUUCGUGAUGCUGUUAUAUACGCUAAAUUUACAGCAGUUUCUUUAAAAUGUAUAAUUGUAUUACUGCACUAAUGAGAGUUACUACAUCAAAGUUAUAUCACAGAGCAAUGUCCAUUCAUAGACGCGCAUGCCCAGAAGCAAACACUGAAAAUCAUAGUGUUACUGUUUAGGUACUAAAAACUAAAAUGUCAGAAGACUGCCAGAUUGAUAUAAUAAAAAUAAUCAUAACCUCACUAAAAAUCAUAAAUGAUACACAAAUACGAGAUGAAUGAUUUGAUUACUAGUAUUAAAUCAAAAUUGCUGUUAUUAAAUUUAAUGCGAUAUUGCUAUCAUUUAUUAUUUAUUAAUACAUUUACAAAAUAUGUUUUUGGCGAACACGGCCGAAUUGAUUUUCCGCCAUUUUGAAAGUUACACGGUCAUUUUAAUUCCUCAGUAAUAAAAUAAUAAAAACUUCUGGCAGACUUUUAAUAGUGCUUAAUUUUUUAAAUUAAAAUUAGAAGCAAUUUGAAUUGCUGAAGUUCAUCAACUCGUACUAAAAUAGGCAUUGCUUUCAUAGUAAAGCUACAACAAUAUUGAUUCUUCAGAAUACAAAAAAAUAAUAUAAGUAGUGAAAAAACAAAUACUUAUAGGUAAUAUAUCGCCUCCACCGCAUCCUUAUUUCAAUGUCAACAUACCACAGUUACCUCCGCAGUUGGUUGAGUUAAUACAUUUUUAUGUUGUUAGCAGAUGUCGCCCUUUGCAUAGGUCGGUUAGCACAAAAACGCUGUUUCUAAGACUAAAUCGACGGUUGAAAGGCUGAUGACUUAAGCGACAUUUCCUUUUCGAAAAAAUUUAACUAGCUUAAAAAAACAUAGAAAAAAGUGCUGAUUAUGCAUAUGUAUGAAACUUAGUGUCGCAAAAAAUGUCGUUUAAGUAAGUUAGCCUUUCAAAAGUCGGAAUUAAUUAAGCUGUUGUAUAAAAUCUUUACGAUUACGUGUACGGGAACUCCUACUUCAAGAUUUUACGGACAUACGGCCGAUAUUUAAUGAUCCCAAUCGCUAUCUUUAGAUCGAUCUCGAUGAUCAAAGUAAAGUUUCAAUGGAGUUGUUUAAGAGUAUUGCCUGACGUGAUUGCACGUGGGAGGAGAUAUUAUUCUCUAAUUUAGGCCUAAGCUAUCUAUAAGCAUGUGGAACUUUUUUCUGAUUUCCCAUUUUCCGAUCGAUUUGAAGAUAGUAAUUGUGAUCGUUAUUGGACUGUGUUGUGAAUGAGUAUUAUGUAAGGAUACAGAUCAUUUUCAUUUCUGGGAUCAUUUUUGGGUUGGAUCAUUUGUACACGGUCCAGUUGAGUCGUUAGUAUAUAUUUUGUCAAAGUAAAACCGCUAUGUAGCCUCAGUGAGAAGUGUAGAUGUUAUGCUGCUGUUAGAAUUACAUUGAACUGUCCCUUAGCACCCUGCCCUCUCGUCUGAAUACGGCCCCUUUUGAUCAAAUACGCGCAUUUUUGUUAAAAUCGUAAAAAAAUCGCAAAUUAACUUGAUUGUCUUCAUAUAGCUGUAAUUAGAGGAAAUAUGUUAUAUGUGGAAUGUAAUUGGUAUUUAUGGAAUGUAUUGACUAUAUUUGUGAGCGAUUCGAUCAAAUGAUGCCAAAAUUUGAACUUUCAAUAGUUACAUUUUAUCUUGGACUAUUCUAUGAUGCGACAGAGAGUAGAAUCGUUGGUAGACGGCACCAGCUUAAAAAUACAGUCCUUUGAAAUCUUUAUAUAUGUCUCAUAAGUUUGUUUGAAAUAAAAUUAUAGUGAGAAUUAUAGUGCGGAUUCAGAAAUUUGCAACGGGGGGCAAAAGUCAUGUGUUAAAAUAAUUUACACUUGAAUUUCGUCGUCUAAGCAAAUAUAUGGCUGGACUCCGCUAUAUUUGUACCAAAACUGUAUGUUCUUACGUAUAAAAAUGCGAGAAAAUCGAGUGUAAAUAUUGUCAACACAAUACUUGUAUUUAAAAUAUUGUAUAAUAUAUCAUCUUCCAUAGUUAUAACAUACAUUAAGUGAUUUCUCAUUCUAGUAAACUAAGGUGUAUAAUGACAGGGGGGUCAAGUCCCCCGAUUUUCUUCCGUACCCCAUGUCAAUUUAACGACCAAAAACAUUUUUGUUCAUGUUAGGAACGUCCGAAAUAUAUAAGCAAUAAUACAUGCAGGUAGGAUUUGUAUGAUAAGAGUGUGUAUGUUACUAUUGUUGUAAUUUAUGUUAUAGAAAUACAAAUUGGUGAUACGUAA